AUGAAAUCAUAUUUACAAGCUAUGAGCCUAUGGGAUGUUGUUGAGAGUGAUAACUCCCCUUCACCUCUUUCCCACAAUCCAACACUAGCCCAAUUAAAAAAAUACGAUGAAGAAAUCGCGAGAAAGCCAAGGGCACUUUCGAUCCUACAUGGGGCCGUGUCGGAAGAAAUUUUCACAACUAUUAUGGGUUGUGGAUCUCCAAAAGUAGCAUGGGAGAAAAUUAAAGAGGAGUUUGAAGGAAAUCACCAAACAAAAUUAAUGCAAAUUUUGAACCUUAAGAGGGAGUUUGAGAUGAUGGGAAUGAAAAGUAGUGAAGGUGUUAAGGAGUAUGGGAGUCGGUUGAUGUCCGUCGUCAACCAAAUCAAGCUACUUGGUGGAGAAUUUACUAGCCAAAGAGUGGUGGACAAAAUUCUUGUCACUCUUCCGGAAAAGUACGAAGGUAAAAUUUCUUCACUUGAAGAUACUAAAGAUUUGUCCACACUAACAUUUUCAGAAUUGAUCAAUUCACUCCAUGCGGUGGAUCAAAGGAGGAUUAUGAGAAAUGAAGAUGGUGAAAACAAGGGUGAAAAAGCUUUUCUAGCAAAGUCCCAUAAUCAAAAGUGGAAAGGAAAACCUCUCCAAUGUAACCAUUGUCAGAAGGGUGGUCAUGAGGAGAAAAAUUGUUGGCACAAGGGAAAGCCGAAAUGCUUCAAAUGUCAAAAAUUUGGGCAUUUGGCAAGGAAUUGCAGGCUUCAAAAUGUCGAGGAAGCAUCUAUGGCACAAGUGGUCGUAGAAGAAAAUCUAUUCUAG